UUGUCGUUUGUUUAAAUUCUUUUUAGCAUUAUUUUGUAAUCGUAAUAUUUUAAAAUAUUAUAUAUUCAAGUUAAGAUUUGUAUAUUAAACAGUAUUUUUUAUUGAUAUCCGCCAUGGCAGGAUAUAAUGUCAUGUCAAUACUUGUGUUAGCGACGGGAAUAUCAGCAAUGCAAGUUGAUUUUCCUGUUAUGCCAUGUGGAAACCAUUUAACAAGAGAAAAUGAAAUUCUUUGCAAUCGAUUCAAUGGUGGAGGACUUUGUACCUGGGAUUCAACUACUAAACCUCAUUGUAGAGUCGCCAAUAAAGAACCCAAUUCUGGUUCUUUUAUCCGUCGAGCAAAAAAUGAAAUUUGGGCUCCAAAGAAACCAGUCAGUAUGAUGAACGUAGUUUUCGCUGCUAAACGGUACGCUGUGGAAAAUAACGACAUUGAGAUACAACAAAUAGCGGCCGAACAAGAGAAAGCUAUUAUUCAAGGCGCUGGAUUUGGUGCUUUCGAUAUAUUCGAAUCACCGCAAUGUCUUUUGGAUGUUCCAAUAUGUCACAGGGUCACAUGUGGCGGAGUCGGGUCUCAAACAAAUGCAAGCAAGUGUCUUGCAAACCCAAAUUGUUGCUUUGAUGAAAAUCUAUUCCAGUAUCAAUUCACAUUUGGAAGAGAUUUCAUGGAUGGAGCGCCGACUUGCUACUACGGACCAACUUCCAAGGCUUACAAAAAAGUAACCGACGCAAUUAUACCGUGGAAUGCCUGGUAUUCAUCAACAGUUCUUGCAGUGUUCAAAAGUGUUUUGACCGAACCACCAAUGUACAAUGGGCAACCAGCCUGCACGAAUCUCGAUUCUACACUUAACACGUGCGGUUGGGAAGGAAUCACCGAAAUCGAAUGCCAACUCAAACAAUGUUGUUUCAACAGUGGUACUUGCGUCUAUCCUAACGAAGCAGCAAAGAAACAAUUUGUGUCCGAAGGUAUAUACCCCGAACUUAUAACCGCAGAUCCAGAGGAAAAUCAAUGCAACGCAAACCCAUUCGCGUCUCCAAAAAUUUACAAACGAAUUUCGUGUCAAAAACUAUCUCGCGAUCCCUUUUCAGUGGCGAUGUGCCACGAAAAUUGCUGUCUGGACAAAAAUGUUUACCACAUCACUUUGAAAAGUCACGAAAUGCUUCAGUCUCAAACAUCUGAAUCAACACGAAGUCCAGUCUCUGGACCCCAAUCCAACAACGGCAGGCCAAGCCCCAGUUCCAACAAUCAGCCCGUCGGUUCAUCAAUUCCAAAUAAUUAUCAACAAAAUCAAAAUGGGUUUGGAGGUGGCGGUAUGAACUCACACUUUACCAACACACAAGAAGAAGAAAACUCUGUUCUACCACCAGAUAUUAGGCAAAUGUUAGACGGAUUGAUGUCUUCGUCUGGUACAAUGACAGGUACGCCUGUUAUGUCUGGAGCACCAAGAUCUACGAAUGCUGCAAAUGCGCCAGAAAUGCCUAGUAUGCCAAGAUUGCCUGGCAUGCCACAAAUGCCCAAAUUAUCACAAAUGGGGAGCACUCGGCAAAAUUCAGGUUUGUCAGGGAUAUCUAAUAUGCCAAGAAAUCCUAAUAUGCCAGGAAUGCCCAAUAUGCCAGGAAUGUUCAAUAUGCCAGGAAUGUCCAAUAUGCCAGGAAUGCCCAAUAUGGCAGGAAUGCCCAAUUUUCCAGGGAUGCCCAAUAUGCCAGGGAUGCCCAAUAUGCCAAGUAUGCCCAAUAUUCCAGGAAUGCCCAAUAUUCCAGGAAUGACCGGUAUACCAGGUAUGCCUGGCAUCCCAGGUAUGAAUAUGAUGGGAACGAUGGGUGGCUUCCCAGGAAGAGGGAGCUCCGAUAUCCCACCAGAAUUGAUGCAAAUGCUUAUGGGGAGUAAUCAAGGCUCUCCUGGAAACACAAUGCCAGCUGGAAUGCUCGAAAUGCUCAUGGGAGGCGGCAGUACAACCAACAACGACUACUCUUUCAGUCGCAGUUUUAAUGCGAGAAGAUCUAAUGAAAAUGGGUUCGACAUGAAUGAAAUGAUGAAGCUUAUGAUGCGGCAGGACAAUGGGAUGUCCUUUGGAAUGGGUGGAGCAUCCCCGUUUCCUUAUAGUUUAGGCGCCAAUGACGAUAAUAGCCAUAUAGCACUAAUGGCAAUGAUGGGCGGUAUGAAUGGCGGUAAUCAACAGACCAUUAAUCCUGCAAUGCUGCAAAUGUUUUUGAGUUCGAAAGGCAACGAGGAUAAUGAUGAUGAUGAUGAUAACAGUAGCGGAUUCGAUUUGAAGACGAUGAUGCAAAUGGGAUUCUCUCCGUUUGGAAAUAUGGCAGGCAUGAACAUACAAAGUAUGAACCCGGCAUUGGUUGAUGCCAUUUUGAGCAAAAAUAGCGAGGGAAAAUUCAGCGCGAUGGAUCUUAUGCAAUUAGGCAUGUUAUCAGGCACUGGAAGUGGAAAUCAAAACGACAUGGGGCAAAUGAUGAUGUUGAUGAAUAUGAUGAAUAAGGGUGAAGGAGAUCAGUCUGAUAAAAAAUCAUCAAUGAUGAAAAAAAUAAUGUUAAUGUCACUUCUUUCAAAAAUGAGAAAACAACAAAAUCCACAAACUUCUCAAAACCAACAGAACGGAAACAACGAAGCGUCUAGUCAGCAACGGCAAGGAAGACAAGCACAAACUCGAGAUUACCAGAGUAAUCAUCAGCGUCAACGAAAUGAUAACAAUCCUAAUCAACAAUACCGGCAAGGGCAUCAGCAACAUACUAACCAACAACAUCAGCAACGAACGUACAAUAAUAACAAUCCACACCAGUACAAUACAAAAGUCAACCAACAACAAAAUCAAUAUGGUAACCAGAAACAGCAUACUGAAAACCCGUCAUCAGUUUUCACUCAACCAGCACCCCCACAGGGACCCAGCAUCAACUACGGAUAUGCGCAACCACUUCCAAAGUCAGCAUCUCCAGCAGACCCAGGAGAUAUUGCAUUGAUUAGAUCCAUUUUGGCCGGUGAACACGUCAACGAAUUCAAAAUUUCUUGUCCGUUUUCCUACGUUAAAAUUGGAAAGUUUCCAGAUUUAAGUCAUUCCGUUCGAGGAUGUUGCAAAAUUGUGGCAUGCUAUCAUAAAAAAGAAAUUAAAGAAAAAAAGCCAGUCAUGCAGCCACCAAGUUAUGGCGAAUGGACAGCAUGGAGCUCUUGUGAUAAAACUUGCAAUGAAGGAUUUAAAACCAGAGUUCGUUCUUGCGUGACCAUAGGUCGAAGUCCCGGUACUUGCCAAGGAUCAUCUUUCGAAUAUCAGCCUUGCAAUAUGGGACCUUGUCAACCAGAAUUUCCUCAAUUCCCGUCAUCUAGUUUUCCAAGCGCUGGAAAUUUUGCAACAUCCAACCAGCCAUCAUUAAAUCAAAAUGACGAUACGGAUUUUAUGAAAAAGCUACUUGCCACAGCCAAUUCCAGGAAGUCAUUUCAUACAACAGAAUCGCCUCUUAUUCCCAAACGUGAUCCACCAGGUCAACCGAAGCCUGACGUAGAAACAGACCCAGAAAUUCAGAAUUUUUUGAAAUUAUUAGGGUUAAACACGGACUCCAAUGCUGAGAAAAUUGGCAAUAUAUUUCCUCCGGCUCCACCGACGUAUCCAACGCCUAAGCCUCUUAUACCUCAUUUUGGAUCAAAUUUUAGAUUCGAUAUGCCGACAAAUACAAACAGGAGGCCAUCUGCCCCAACGCCCAAGCCUUUCGCGCCGCAGUUGGGUUCGGAAUUUGACCCAGGAAUCCCCAAACAAACAGGAUUUGAUAUGCCGACAAAUACAAACAGGAGGCCAGCUGCUCCAACGCCCAAGCCUUUCGCGCCGCAAUUUGGUUCGGAAUUUGACUCAGGAAUCCCCACAAACUCAUGGACGCCAUCAGCUGAUACAACGCCCAAGCCAUUCGUACCUCAGUUAUCAUCAGAUUCUGGUACUGGUAUGCCAACAAAUGCAAACACAAAGCCAAAUUUUUCAGUGGCCCACAGCAACUUCAAACCUCAGCGUACAACUGAAUCUUUCAAAUACUCUGAUUGGAGUCAAUGGACUCCAUGCGAUAGAACGUGUGGUGGGGGAUUAAAAAUAAGAGUUCGCUCAUGUGACGAAUACGGAAAAUGCGCUGGAGCUUCCGAAGAUCUUGGUGAUUGCAAUAUUCACUCUUGUGACCAAGGUGCUAAGCGUAGAAACCGAAACAGAAAAAACAAAAAACAGAAGCCGAGUGACGACAAACUUAAAUUUACAAACCAAGGUUCAGGUUUCCGAAAUCAGAAACCUUUCUUUCCUCCUCCAACUCAUACUCCCACAACAACGACAGUAGCAAAUGUUUUCUAUGCUUAUGGUCCAUGGGAAGACUGGUCUGCCUGCAAAGACAUUGGCUCAGUUUGCAACGGAGUUGGAAAUCAAGAAAGAAAGAGAAUAUGUUUCAAGAGUUACGACAGGGUUAAAUUUGAACCGGUGGCAGAUGUACAAGAAUGUGGUGCAACGAGACAGACUCAGACUUGUGUAAGAAUUUGUCCCCCAAAAAUGCCAUUGUUUCACGUUCUGACGGAGUUGAACAAUAAAAAUGAAGAAGUUGAUGAAGACAUGGAUAAUUCACUUGCAUCGUUCCAACGUUCGUUCCAUGACAACGACUCUGAAGAAGAUGAUGGAAAAUGGGAACCCUGGAGUAAAUGUGAAUUGAAAAACUGUCCGACUAGUAACAAAGGAACCAUGCGGCGACAAAAAGUAUGUACAAAAGUUAGCCACAUGUGCGUAAGAAAAGGCCAAAUAUUAUAUGCAAGCAAAGAGUGUACAGAUCAUUGUCCGCUUCAGUAAGAAAAGGCACAUCGAAUCGAGUUGAACUUCGCUUGUAUUUUACAGCAAUUGGCAUGCUUCCUGAGAACAAGUUUAUUAGGAAAAAAAUUGAUAUUAGCUUUGUAAUAUAACUUUCUAUUGCCUCAAAAAU